AAAGUCAUUGUAAGGAGAGUGCAAGGCUUUUUUCGUAGUAAUAGUUUGCUGGCCAUCGGAAUCUAAUAAAGGUCGAAGGACCAUUCGAUUCAUUAGGGGCCAUUUCCGGACCUAGCAGCAGACAUGCGGGCCACGCCUGAAUUCAGACCGGAUCAGGUUUGUGUAAUUAAAAUUAAAAUUCGUUCUAGUGGUUGGCAAAAGGCAAUCACCAGAGUAUUGAGUAGUUGUGACGGAGUACGUCAAACCAAAUUGACAGAAGAUGGAAAAGUGAUGGUAUCAGGGAUUGUUGAUCCAAAUUUACUAAUGAAAAAUUUGGCAAAAGUUAACAAAUCAGCAGAAUUAGAAUGGAUUCAAUUUGGUCAAUGUUCAACCAAUUUAUUUCUUCCUCCAAAACCCCCUACAAAUAAUGCCAACUUACCAUCAAAUCAAGGACCUUUUCGUAAUUUCACUUACCCCAGAUUUGGUCCACCGCCCCACCACGGUGGUUACUAUGGCCUACCUCCGCCGCGGCCCUACGUACCUUUCAGGGGCAUAUAAGUAAUUUGCAAUGCAAUGCAUGUGACCACGAGGUUACGAAUUCAAACUGUGGAAAUAGCCUUUGUCAGAAAUGUAAGAUGAGACUGCGUACAAUACACCCCUGUGGUGAGACCCUUCCGCGAAUCCUGCGCAUAGCGAAAGCUUUAGUGCACCAAGUUGUCUUUUUUUUUUUUAAAUACUAUGUUAAUAGGGUAACUAAGAGUAGUUCCUAGUAAAGAUUGUUAUUGAUUUUUCAUUUUGUGUUCGGUACUAAUAUUGGAACUUGAUGAAAUUCGGAUGAUGGGUUGCGAGGCUCGAUUUUUUCA